CCGCAAGGUAAAAGUUUGUUGACAUACCUUGUUUGGCAAUACGUUAAUUUCCAAGUGCCGCGCUUUCAUUAUUUCGGCGUAAAUAUUUCACCGCCACAUCAUUGGUUUUUUACGCCCUUCAGCUGUACUUAACGCGUUCGAAAAUGUACACAUUGCUCAGCGGUUUCUACAAAUACCUCACUCAGAAGGAUGAAUAUUGCAUACUUAUUCUCGGACUGGACAAUGCGGGCAAGACGACCUAUCUAGAGGCAGCGAAGGCAAAGUUCACCAAAAACUACCGGGGAAUGAAUCCAAGCAAAAUCACGACAACGGUCGGACUGAACAUUGGCCAGAUCGAUAUCGCCGGCAUACGAUUGAGCUUUUGGGAUUUGGGCGGGCAGCAGGAACUACAGUCUCUGUGGGACAAGUAUUACUCCGAAUCGCAUGCCGUGAUCUACGUGGUCGACUCGAAUGAUCGCGUUCGCAUGAGUGAGUCAAAGGAUGUAUUCGACCGGAUGAUCAGCAAUGAGUACUUAUCCGGGAUUCCGCUGCUUGUGCUGGCGAACAAGCAAGACCUGCCGGAUUGUAUGGGCGUGCGGGAAAUAAAACCCGUCUUCCAAGAGGUCGGUCAUUUGAUUGGGCGUCGCGACUGCCUGGUAAUGCCGGUAUCAGCGCUGACAGGGGAAGGAGUCGACGAAGGCAUUAAAUGGUUGGUCGAAUCUAUCAAGCGGAACUCUAUCGUACGUCCCCCGAAAACGGAAGAUACUUGAUCAACAUUAUACACACGCCUACUCCUUUGUUCGUUGUUUAUGUUUAUUUU